GAAAUUGAAGAGUAUGAAUGUUGGGGUGUGGUGGGGGGUGGCCCCAUUAACUCGGAACAGCGUCUUGCGUCGCACGUGUUGAUGCCCAACCUACGAACUAAAGUCGACCAGAAAAUUCAGAAAUCUGCAAAACAAAAACCAAAUAAAAAUCCCAACGUUGUUGCUCUCUUCCCUUCAACUGUGCUUUCAACUACUAUACAAAGAAACAUACCCACAACGCACCACAAACGCAAGCACAAGAAGAACUUACUAAGACUAUACCCACAACAACUCUAACCCUUCUCUCUCUCUCUCACACACACACAUAACCUCACACCAUUCUACAAUUCACCAAAGCUUCUGAAGCUUAGCCUCAGUUAGGGUUUUCGUUUCACUCAACCAGGGAUGGAGUAGUAUCUGCUCGGUGAUCGAAAUUGGAGAGUUACAAUUUGGUUUUACUGAUACUGUAACUUCGAACCAGCCGGCUAAUUGACUGUGCAUGUUUGUGAACUUUUUCCCAGAAAUUUUAUUGAGAUUCUUAAUGGGAGAGAAAGUUCUUGCAUGCCAAAAGGAUGGCCUCAAUGCUCUGAGAAAGAUUAUGUGAAGCAGUAUGACUCUGGAAGAUUUCUUUACCUUGACCGAGAUGAAAGAUGGGCUCAUCGCACCUUCUCGGGUGCAGGAGCUGGUCUCUGUAAUGCAGAACGAGAAAGAUUGUGAGGUUAAAAAUGCUGGUGAUGCAACAAGGCAGUGGGCUGCUGUUGCAAGCACUAUUGCUGCUACAGAGAAUAAAGAUUGUCUUGAUCUUUUUAUUCAGUUAGAUGGACUUUGCUUCAUUAAUAUGUGGUUAAAGGAUGCUCAAAAUUUGGGGGUUGAUUCAAAUGACAGUUUUAUUGAAGAAUCGAUCACUGCAAUGCUACGAGCAGUUGAAAAGCUGCAUCUAGACAGUGAGAAGUCGAUUUCAUCUGGAAUUCGCAUCACUGUCAGCAAUCUUCUUGACCAUCAUAGUGCUAGGGUUCAGGAUAGAGCCAGAGUGUUAUUUGACAGCUGGAAGGGAGGUGGAAAUGGUGAUACUGAUUCUCAUGAUGUGGAGCUUGCUAAAGUCGACAAUGCAAGUGGCAAAAUUGGCAGGGAGGAAGGCCAUCCAUCUGCUGUGAAUGAAGCUGGCAAUGAUAAUGGUCAUUUAUCAGGACUAAUUGGAAACGAUAAAUCACUAUUGAGAAGCUCAGAUAAUUUCCCGAUACAGAGUUCUGAUAAUGUGCUCCAGUCAUCUGCCUGUGUGGAGUCUGAAGACAUCAAAGAGGGAUCCACAAACCAUGUUCUUUCCUCUGCUCAAGUUGUUGCUCCCAUACACGAAGGAUUUCCUUUAUGCAGUGCAGGUGAGACCACUUCAGUACGAACCUGUAACUUUCCUAUUCCAAAUGAUGGACAGCCGGAUGCAGUACAGUUAAGUGACAUGGACAAAAAGGAGAAGCAGGAGUUAAAUGAUAAUGGCGCUCCAGAAAAUUCAGGAGCACCAUCUGUGUCAUCUAUGCUAGAGCCUGAGCCUGCUUCCAUCGGUGCUAGCGUAAUAAAGGCACCAGAAUAUGUGAAACAACAAGCUUUAGAGCAAAAUGUUGGAAACAAUGAGGAUGAUGUUUGUCAUAAAAUAACUACUACUUGUAGUUUGAGGACACCUGCAUCUGAUGGGAUUGGGGCUGCUGAUGAUAUCAGAGCUGUAACUAGCAUUACACAACUUUGCAAAGCUGCAGAAAAUGAUGACAACUGUUGUCCUAAUGCUUUGCAGAUCACAGCAGUCAGUGACAGUAACUUGGAAAAGAGUGAGGUGUUAGCCAUGUCUGUAUCUGAAACAGAAUAUGUCAGAGCAUCAAAGGAAGGCAAGGAGUGGGUUUAUAAUGAUGGUGAGGAUACAUCAAAAGGUUCUGAUUCUAGUAAACCUGUAAAAGAAGAUUUUAGAGGCCCUAACAUAAUUGACAAGAGAGUUUCUGAUAAUGAACUUGACUGUGGCAUUGUGGAUGCUUUAGAAGUUGCUCACAAAGUUAGGAGAGAAGUCUGCAGCUCCUCAGAAAAAAUCUCCGAAGGUGGAAUCAGGCAACCAGGCAGCCCAGAUUCUGUAAGAAAAGAGGAAGAGCUCACUCCUGUUCCACCCAAGGAGGUUUCCUCCAGACAAAGCAACUCUACUGGAGCAUGUUUUGAGGACGGGCAUGAGAGUAUGUCAGACAAUACCAAGGCUGAGCCUGAAUGCAGGCCUGAUGUGAAGUCCAUGCAGGUGACUGAAGCAGCUCAAGAUUCAGGAGAUAACUCAGAGAAACGUCUCUGCGCCUUUGAUCUCAAUGAAAUUGGUUCUGAUGAUGAUAUGGAUGCUUCUGUAAAUACUACAUCUACUCCAAUACCUGUUGUCUCUGCUUCAAUGCCUACACCAACUCUAGGGUUGCUUGGGGUCCCUGUGCAGUUCGAGGGGACGCUUGGAUGGAAAGGAUCAGCUGCCACCAGUGCCUUUCGACCUGCAUCACCUCGUAAAAAUUGGGACAAUGAGAGAAAUCUCCCUGUUGAUCAGAACUCUGACACUUCCAAGCAGAGGCAGGAUUGGCUUGAUAUUGAUCUAAAUGUGGCUGAGGAUGAAGAGGAUACAAUAAAACCUAUUGCUGAAUCUUCAGGCCUUCCUUCUGGGCAAUCAUCAGUUGAACUUAGUCCUAAAAGAUCAAGCAGGAUUGAAUUGGAUUUGAACAGUAUUGGUGAUGAUGGUGACGCCCAACCUUCAGGUCACAGGAUGGAGGGACAACUCUUUCUUGGAAGAAAUGGCUAUUGGAGCCCCUCUCCAGCAUCAUCGUCAUCGUCAAUGCAACCAUCAGUCAGAAACAUUGAUUUGAAUGACAGGCCAUGCCUUCAAACUGAUUUGGUGUACCAGGGGCCUGGUAAGUCUUCUCAUAUUAUUGAUGCACAUGGGCAUUCUAAAUCAUCCGAUGCCCCUGUUAUCUCUAUUUUGGGGGCCAAGGUAGAAGUUGGUAAAAAAGAAUGUGUUCCUCAAACUGUGUCUUUGCCGAAUGGCAAGGCUAUUAAAGCUGCAAUAGAUCUCGCAAAUUCUAGACCAGGUGGAGUUAUAGGGAUAACCCCGGCAGUAUCCUUCAAUUCAUCUGCUUUGGGGUAUAAUGGAGUUGCAUCAGCACCUGCAUUGUCUUUUUCGUCAGCCAUAUACGGGUCAGGUGGCACAAUUCCAUACACAGUGGACUCAAGAGGAGCUCCAGUUGUUCCUCAAGUUGGCGGAUCUUCAUCAACUGUCCUUUCAUCUUACUCUCAGCCACCAAUCAUAAUGAAUGUGACUGGUACACAACUUGGUUUGAAUGGAUUUGGACCUUCACGUCCUAACUUUGACCUGAACUCUGGCUUCAUGAUUGAAGGUGGGAAUAGAGAUGCAUUGGCAGCAAGGCAAUUUUUCUUUCCUGGGGGAAGGACUGGGGAGGAGCAUGUAAGAACCAUGACGCAACCCUCAAGUUCUGGGGUUGGUGGGAAAAGAAAGGAACCAGACAGUGGUUGGGAAUCCUACCCAUUUAGCUACAAACAUCCGCAACCUCCAUGGAAGUAGCUUCCAGUUUAUGAUUUUACCUCUCUUCUGAAAUGUUCAUAACCACACCUUUCCAAUUGAUGCUUUAUUACCCGAAAAGAUCUUUAAGAUUAGGUCAGUGCACUGGCAUCCUUUAGUAACAGAAGUUCUAGAACUCAAUAAAUGCCAGGGGAAGAUGGAUGUAAUAUGAUUCAAAUGAUUGAUUGUUAACGGGGGGAAAUUGGGUUUUCUUAUUCUUCUUUUUUCUUUUCUCUUCUUUCGUUGUUUUUCCUUUCCCGUAGCUUCAUAGAAAGGCAGUACAAGCACAGAAAGUCUUGUGUGCGUCUAGCUGUAAUUUCUCUUUCAUAUGUCAAAGAAAUUUAUAGGCAUAGUAUGAUGUUUCUCGCUGUCACAGUGGCACUAGUACGUUGCCACUGUUUAGUUAGUUUUCAUUGUUGAAGUUAAUAACCUGUAAAAAGAGAAAGAAAUAUGUGACCGACUAAGAAAGGUUCUUGUUCCAAAUUUUUCUGCUCACACUUCCUUCCUAAUUCUAUAGAAGCUUUUUAUUUUUU